GCUGAUGUCGAGUCGGAACCGUCGGAGGUCGGAGGUCGGAGCAUGUGAUGACGCGAACAGACUCUACAUGUCGAUUCGCACAUGUGAUCUCUGACGUGCUUAUUUACCAAUUAUUAUCAGCUCUUGAUCCCCAUGAUUGUCACCCUCCGAUAUCAUUAAAUCGUGGUACUGUCACUACUGUGUCCCUUUUGGGACAGAAAUCCAUUGGGUGGAAGAAGAAGAAAAAGUUAUCAGCUCCUACCGCACCCUGCACACACAUCAUACAUUAAUCAUAUGCGUUUCUCUUAAAAUAAUCAUAAAAAGGAGACCUGUAUCCGAGAUGAUCAUGAGAAACCUACUUCGAAGCGUUUCGCGCUUUCGACGUGCUCUGUUACAGGUAAAACAAUACAGCACGACGAGUGAUCCCCCACAAUUCUUGGGGAUUGACAAUAAUUUCACCAAUAGUAUUCAGUUUGUUAAUAAAGAAAGUUAUGAAGCUAUUCCAAUUUAUAGGUAUUUGGAGCUUUCACAGGAAGCUAAAUUACCUGAAGACGAAAAGUUGAACGACGUGUUUUUAGUGAAAAUGUAUCGCAAUAUGGCAAUCUUAAGCAUCAUGGAUAAGAUUAUGUACGAGUCACAGAGACAAGGUCGCAUCUCAUUUUAUAUGACUAACACCGGCGAAGAGGCCGUACAGAUCGGCUCUGCCGCCGCUUUAACUCUGGAAGACACGAUUUACGCGCAGUAUCGCGAGGCUGGUGUGUUGCUGCAUCGUGGGUAUCCGUUAGCAAAGUUCAUGAAUCAGUGUUAUGGCAACUGCGAGGAUGAGGGCAAAGGGAGGCAGAUGCCGGUGCACUACGGUUCCAAAGAGUUGAAUUUUACGACUAUAUCAUCUCCGCUAACGACUCAGCUUCCUCAAGCUGUGGGAUGCGCCUACGCCUUCAAGUUGGAUAAAAAGGACGCAUGUGUGGUCUGUUAUUUCGGCGAGGGUGCGGCGAGCGAGGGCGAUGCUCACGCAGCGUUCAAUUUCGCAGCUACUCUAUCGUGUCCCGUUAUAUUCUUGUGUCGAAAUAAUGCAUAUGCAAUCUCCACGCCAGUCCUGGAACAGCUUAAGGGAGAUGGUAUCGCGGCCAAAGGCCCGGCUUAUGGAAUUAACACGAUUCGAGUAGACGGCAACGAUGUACUGGCGAUGUACUUUGCUACAAAAAGUGCAAGGGAGUUCUGCAUAAAACAAGGGAAACCCGUUUUGAUAGAAGCUAUGACCUACAGACUUGGACAUCACAGCACAUCAGAUGACUCCACAGCUUACCGAUCACCCGACGAGAUCGCUCAAUGGAGCGUCCAUACGCCACUUGUCAAGUUCCGUCUGUAUCUAGAAUCACUUGGAUUAUGGUGUAAAGAGAGGGAGCAAGAAUUAGUAAAUUCCACUAAGAAGGAAGUUCUUCAUACAUUUAGAGAGGCAGAACGCAAGUCUAAGCCACAUUGGAAGAAUCUAUUCACUGACGUCUAUAAGGAAAUCCCCAAUCAUAUCAAGAAGCAAAUGAACAUGAUGGAGAGACAUCUAGAAGAAUUCAAGGAACAUUAUCCAUUACACUCUUACACACACUCAAAAUAAGGGAUAGGAAUUUACUUGUUGUGCAAAUGUAAAUUUUAUAUUGUUUUUAUUUUAAUAAUUAAAAUGCUAAAGAAUUAACAAAA